AUUGGCCAGGCGGCGAGGGGAGGCGGGCGAAGAAGAUGGCGCCGCCGCCGGCCGCGGCGCUGAGGAGCGGCGUGUGCUGAGCCGGGCCGGGCCGGGGCGGGCGGCAGCGAGAGGCCGGGCGCUGGCGGCGGGGCCGGGAUAUGCGGCAGCGGCUGCUUCCUGUGCUGAGGCGGGCUCUGCAGCGCUUAGCGCACCCCUGGGCCGCCCCGGCCUCCCCUCAUUGCCAGCGGUGCAGCUUUUUCGGGUUUCAGAAAGAGAUAAGCAACAAAAUGAACAAUCCAGCUAUUAAGAGAAUAACAAAUGAAAUCAUCAAAUCACCUGAGGAUAAACGAGAAUAUCGUGGACUGGAAUUGGCAAAUGGCAUUAAAGCUCUUCUCAUUAGUGACCCCACCACAGAUAAGUCUUCAGCAGCACUUGACGUGCACAUAGGUUCCUUGUCUGACCCUCCCAACAUUGCUGGGCUUAGUCAUUUUUGUGAACAUAUGCUGUUCCUGGGAACCAAGAAAUAUCCGAAGGAAAAUGAGUAUAGCCAAUUUCUUAGUGAGCAUGCCGGGAGUUCUAAUGCUUUCACAAGUGGAGAACAUACCAACUAUUACUUUGAUGUGUCACAUGAACAUCUAGAAGGUGCACUAGACAGAUUUGCCCAGUUUUUCUUGUGCCCUUUGUUUGAUGAAAGCUGCAAAGACAGGGAAGUAAAUGCUGUUGAUUCUGAGCAUGAGAAGAACCUGAUGAAUGAUGCUUGGAGGUUGUUUCAAUUGGAAAAAGCUACAGGAAACCCUAAUCAUCCCUUCAGUAAAUUUGGAACAGGGAACAAACUCACUUUGGAAACUAGACCAACCAAAGAAGGAAUAGAUGUACGACAAGAGCUAUUGAAGUUUCAUUCUACGUAUUAUUCAUCAAAUUUAAUGGCUAUUUGUGUCUUAGGAAGAGAAUCCUUGGAUGAGCUGACUUGCUUAGUUGUAAAGUUAUUUUCAGAAGUAGAGAAUAAAAAUGUCCCUAUACCAGAGUUUCCUGAACAUCCUUUCCAAGAAGAACAUCUCAGGCAACUUUACAAAGUGGUACCUAUUAAGGACAUUAGAAAUCUUUAUGUGACAUUUCCUAUACCAGACCUUCAGAAGUACUAUAAAUCAAACCCUGGCCAUUACCUUGGUCAUCUGAUUGGGCAUGAGGGCCCAGGGAGUCUUUUAUCAGAGCUUAAAGCCAAAGGCUGGGUAAAUACUCUUGUGGGCGGACAGAAGGAAGGUGCUAGAGGUUUCAUGUUUUUCAUCAUCAAUGUGGACUUGACAGAGGAAGGACUUUUGCAUGUUGAAGAUAUUAUUUUGCACAUGUUUCAGUAUAUUCAAAAACUACGUACAGAAGGACCUCAAGAAUGGGUUUUCCAAGAGUGCAAGGAUCUAAAUGCUGUGGCAUUCAGAUUUAAAGAUAAAGAACGACCACGAGGUUACACAUCAAAGCUUGGAGGAAUGUUGCAUUAUUAUCCUAUAGAAGAAGUAUUGGCUGCUGAGUAUUUACUUGAAGAGUUCAGGCCUGAUUUAAUAGAGAUGGUACUGGAUAAAUUGAGACCAGAAAAUGUUCGAGUUGCAAUAGUUUCCAAGUCUUUUGAAGGAAAAACUGAUCGAACAGAAGACUGGUAUGGAACACAGUACAAGCAAGAAGCAAUUUCUGAUGAAGUCAUUAAGAAAUGGCAAAAUGCUGACCUCAAUGGGAAAUUCAAGCUUCCGAUGAAGAAUGAGUUCAUUCCCACUAACUUUGAGAUUUUGCCAUUGGAAAAAGAUGCAACACAGUAUCCUGCCCUUGUUAAGGACACUGCUAUGAGCAAACUGUGGUUCAAGCAAGAUGACAAAUUUUUUUUGCCAAAAGCUUGUCUCAACUUUGAGUUUUUCAGUCGCUACAUUUAUGCUGAUCCUCUCCAUUGCAACAUGACAUACCUGUUUAUCAGGUUAUUGAAGGAUGAUUUAAAAGAGUAUACAUAUGCAGCACGCCUCUCAGGUUUGGUCUAUGGCAUUGCAUCAGGAAUGAAUGCAAUACUUCUUUCUGUAAAAGGUUAUAAUGACAAGCAACAUAUCUUGCUUAAGAAGAUAAUCGAGAAAAUGGCUACUUUUGAGAUUGAUGAAAAAAGAUUUGAAAUUAUCAAGGAAGCGUACAUGAGAUCACUUAACAACUUCAGGGCUGAACAGCCUCACCAGCAUGCAAUGUAUUAUCUUCGACUCCUGAUGACAGAAGUUGCUUGGACCAAAGAUGAAUUAAAAGAAGCUCUAGAUGAUGUCACUCUUCCCCGCCUCAAGGCCUUUAUAGCUCAACUGUUGUCGCGGUUGCAUAUUGAAGCUCUUCUCCAUGGCAAUAUAACAAAACAGGCUGCAUUAGGAAUUAUGCAGAUGGUUGAGGACACUCUCAUUGAGCAUGCUCAUACUAAGCCACUCCUUCCCAGUCAGCUAGUGAGAUACAGAGAAGUGCAACUUCCUGACAGAGGGUGGUUUGUAUAUCAACAGAGAAAUGAAGUUCAUAACAAUUGUGGCAUUGAAAUAUAUUACCAGACAGACAUGCAGAGCACUUCUGAGAAUAUGUUUUUGGAGCUCUUCUGUCAAAUUAUCUCGGAACCCUGCUUCAAUACGUUGCGUACCAAGGAACAAUUAGGUUACAUUGUGUUCAGUGGUCCCCGUCGGGCAAAUGGCAUACAAGGACUGCGAUUUAUUAUCCAGUCUGAAAAGCCACCACACUAUUUAGAAAGCAGAGUUGAAGCAUUCUUAAAAACUAUGGAGAAAUGCAUAGAAGACAUGACAGAAGAGGCCUUCCAAAAACACAUUCAAGCUUUAGCAAUUCGUCGUCUAGACAAACCAAAGAAGCUGUCUGCAGAAUGUGCUAAAUACUGGGGAGAAAUAAUUUCCCAGCAGUAUAAUUUUGACAGAGAUAACAUCGAAGUGGCUUAUCUAAAGACCCUGACCAAGGAAGAUAUUAUACAGUUCUACAAGGUGCUGUUGGCAGUAGACGCUCCCAGGAGACACAAGGUAUCAGUACAUGUACUUGCAAGGGAAAUGGAUUCCUGCCCUGUUGUUGGAGAAUUUCCAUGCCAAAAUGAUGUGAACCUGGCACCAGCACCACCACUACCACAGCCAAGUGUGAUUGAAAAUAUGACAGAAUUCAAGCGCAGUCUGCCACUCUUUCCGCUGGUGAAACCACAUAUCAAUUUCAUGGCUGCAAAACUGUGAAGAGCCCCAGUGGAUGAAGAAAUGCAAAUCAUCAGUACUCACAUGGUUUCAGGGGAACUUCACAAUGAACAAAAUUAUUAAAGAUCAUUAGGAUACAUGGUUCUGUCCGUGACGAAAGUCCUGAAUUCCUUCUUGAUUCAUUUGACAUUAGCUGUGUGUUAGGGAUAGAGCGUAUAUAAAAAUGAGUUGUGGUCAUGUGUCAUUUAUAUUACAGGCAACCUGUUGAAAACCAAAAUCAACGGAAACAAUAAUAAUAAAAACCUUGUAGAUGCAGUAUAAUUUAAAAAUAAUACAUCCCUUCAAGUUUUCAUUUUGUUAAAAUAACCCUCCAGAGCAAGCAAGAUUGCUUGAAAUAUCCUUGUUACUCCUGAAGAAUACUGUUUAGUAUCCUGAUAAUUAUCUUAUUGGGGGAUGGAGGGCGUGAGAAAAGUGUGUCCUUUUUGGGCAUGGGGUCAACAGUUUUUCUUAAAAAUAGAGACUUUCACAUUUUUUUAAGUGACAUGCUGAAUUACACUUUUUUAAUUGAUCCUUAAUGCAGCCAACAUAUUUUCUAUUUAAGUUUUAUGAAGAUGAGUGGGGGGAAAAAAAGGAAAUUUGACAACACAAAAGUGUGUGAAUUGACUUAAUGAGACUAAUUGAGGAUAUGGGCAUGGUUUUAAUCUUUCUAUACAAAUUUGGGAACAUUUUAUAUUAAAACUAGUAAAAUGCUGGAAACACUUUAAUAGUGCAUCUUAUUUUUGUUAUCAGAAGUGUUGUCCUAGUCUCUUGAUACUGUCAGCAUCCUGUUUUUCACUGUUACCGUGAAUUGUUUCCAUCUGGUAUAUAAAAUACUUCUUUUGCUGUAAUGUUUUGUUUUCAGUUACAUAUGUGCAGAUGGAGAAUUUGGUCUAUUUUGCCUCGUUUGUUAUGUUAGGUCUCAGUCCAGUGAAGUACUUACAGUAUAGUGCAAAUAACUUUUAAGCACACAUUAGUUCUUGACUCGAGAAUGGAUGAGUGUCAGAUAUGGGCCCUGUAAUCAAUCAGUUAUGUCACCAUUCUGGUACCUCUGUGUGGGUCCUUCUCAUCCUUCACGAAGGCACCUGGGAAAGGACAGGAUAGUACUGGAUGUGCAGAACUGCUAUAGCACAGGGUGUGGUUCAGGUUACAUUACAAAAUGUUUGUUCCUACUUCUUACACGAAGGCUGUGCAAAACCUAAAGAAGGAUCAAGAAUUACACUGAAAUGCUAUAUGCAUGUAUACUCCAUAAUUUAGUAAAGUGGUAAAACUAUAUAUGGUGUCUAAUCUUCACCAAGUUUAGUCACUUCUGCAGAGUGGUCUUGUGCUUGGGACAGCCCCCAAACAGAAUAAGGUAAGGGAGUAUCUUACCGAGUUCUCCUACCUCUUUAAUGCAUAAAAUAGAUUGCAAUUAUUCAGACAGGAUAGAGUAUGCAAAGCACUGAAGAUACAAAAUCCACUCAUCAGAGUGUUACUGAGAUUUGGCUUCUUAUUAAAAGAACCUGAAACUAAGGCCUUGAUGUGACACUUAUGUCAGAAUAUGUCAGAAUCCUGGUACAUUCGAUAGGGCUGUUCUUGUCUUUGAAUCAAUGUUCAUUUUUACCCUUGCUCUGAAGCCAAAUUAAAUGAAUGCUUGCCAAGGUAAGGGCUUUAAAUUGUCAUCUGAGAGUCUCUUCUAAUUGAAUAAAUACAGUGUAUUUGAAAGUUGCUUUAAAGGUUAACAGUGCGUGUUUCGGCAUCUUUUUAAUAAACUUGGUGAUAGUUUGUGAUGUAACCUGUUGCUGUGGAAGGCCACUAGCAUUUUUUUGUCACCUAAGGAAAAAAAAACUUAAAUACAGUAUAAGCAAAAAUGGUAAAGGUGCCUCUGCCACAUUUUUCAUGGAUCUUUCAUAUAAAAUGGUCUUUUUACCCUCUUGAAUUUCACUUUUGUUUAUAGUUUUCCUUUAGUAAAAGUAUUUGUAUUAUAUAUAUUAAAAGUUUUGACAACAUAUUAUAAAAAUAUAUAUAUUUUGGGAUUUAGUAUUUAAACAUACCACUCUUAAGGUGAAUAAAAGGAAAUGGCUUCUGUCAUGUGUAAAAAUAAAUAAAUAUAUUCAUGGAAUACUAUCAACUCUAAUUUUAACAAAUUAUAUAAAUACAUUGGAAUGGCAGUGUAUUUAACACAAGCUCACGAAUCAUGUUUUCCAGAGGAAAAAAAAAAAAGUAGAAUUUCAAAGUUUUCUGACUGGAUGUGGAAACCCAUGUAGUUUUCUGGCAACUCUUAAUUGCUUUUAAGUGUUCUCCAGCAUUUUACAGUUUCUGAGUUUGAUAUAGCAGUAAAUUUUGAUAAACUCAGGCAUACUAAUGGGUUCAUUUUAAUGGAUCCAAAGCUGCAGUGUCUACAAGCAAUAAAAAACUACCUAGAAUACACUGUAAUUCAAUUUUAGUGCUUGUUAAUUAGUUUAUAUAAGAAACCAUAAGUUAUUAUUACAUAACUGUAAUUUUUGCAAGUGCUAUUUUAAGCAAUUGAUGCAAAAUUGGGUGCAUGUGACACAGCCAGUAUGACAGAGUGCUAGAGUUAUACUGUUUACAAUAAACAAUCUGAAUUUAAUGUUUGGAGUUCUUAAUUUGUUUCAUUUUAUUUUUUUGCAUACUGGUAAUGUUACAUCUAUCAGUGUGCAUGUUUUCUUGUUACGUUUUAGUUGGGAUUUUCUGCUGUUCAGUUGCUUGGACUAAUUGGCCUGAAUAGCAUUGCUGGAGACCUCUGUUGCAGUCUGAGUGUAUGAUAGAAAGGUAGAAAUAUUUGCACAAAACAGAAUUUUAAUUAUACAGUCUGAAAUUUAAAAUUCAGUGCAUCAUUGCAGCCAGAUUGAAUCGCCUCUAGUUGAGCUUUAUGGGGUUUCUUUUGAGAAAUCAUAAAAUAGAAUCACCAUCACUUUCCCUGGUCAUUUUCAUUGUUUUAUGCACCCUAAAAGAUUAUGUUUUGAAAAGUUAGGAGUAUGAUUGUUAGAAUAGUAACUAAUGUCAGUUCUGACUGCAAAGAUAAAAGUCAGCACACACUUCUGCUCUUCUAGUGGGGCUCCUUGAAGUAGUAUCAGACAGCAGUGUUAAAAGAGAUGGGUUUUGUUCUUAGCAUUGGGAGGAAUGGUUGGUACUCUCUGUGGAGAAAUAAAAUGCCUGCAACCCACUUGGAAAAUUAUUUUCUCCCUACAUCUCUUUCUCCAUUCCUGGUCAUUAGGGAUUGGUGUAAAUCUUGACUAAUUGGCUUUAUUAUCUUUUGCAAAAAAACAACUGAUCCAAAUUUACUUUCAUCAUUACUGUUAGCCAUAAAAAAAUGCUUGAGCUUUUUCAGAAUACUGUUAAAGCGCUUGGAUGUGUACAGCCCUUAUUGAUCAUGUGUUCCACAGUGUAAUUAUAAUGUAAUUACAAUGUGUAAUUAUAAUUACACAGCUUUUUAACCUCAUUUCAUAUUUUCUAGGUCUUGUUUUAGCACAAGAUCAGCAGAAUUUUAGUCUUAACUUCUCUCUACCAUUUAACUGGUUAGCAUGAUUUUGCUAUAGCUUUACUGUAAACUGAAAAAUCAUCAUCUUCUAUGCCUUUCUUUGUUUUUUCCAUGUUUUUUUCAAUAACUGACUGUUUGAAUUGAUAUGAAAUACUGUGUUUUCAGGUCAGUUUUUAAUAUUGUUAUUGCAUUUUGUACAAUAUAAGGCACCUCUGUGCCAUUUUAAAUUAUGAAAUCAGAAACUCGGGCACCAUUCAUAACUUGCAUCUAAUUUCAAAAGAACCCUUAUCUAUGUAGAUUCUGCUGAAAGGCUUUUAUUUGAAACAUUUCAGAGUCUAUUUACUGUUCAAAGAAUAUAUUAGUGAGCUAUAGUAUGUGCUGUUGGUGAAUAUACUGCUAAUUGUGAAGUCUGAAUUGCACUUAAAAGGAAGAAAGUUUGUGUAAGGCCAAAGGCCCAGCAGAAUGGGAAAUGCCACAAUUAAACCAACUUACUUGAAUUCAAGCAUCUAACCAGAUUUUAAGGUUGAAAAUAUUUAUGGCUUCUUAUUAUUUCUAAGCCACCUGUUUAACUAAAAGUGCAGCAUUAGCAGAUAGAGACACCACACUGUCUAGACAUUUGCCACUCUUAACUUUUAGGACUCUCCUUAGUGAUGCAAUGCAAAAUUCUGACUUAAAUUUCUUGACUGUUCGUGUGAAGGAUGAGGGAAGAUACACAGCUCCAGGUGGACUUCAGGUUAUUGUUGCACUGAGCAAGGAAGUGACCAGGCUUAGCCAAUGAGGAAACUCUAGUAAGAGGCAUCCAAGCUUAAAUCCUACAUCUUUCUGAAGAUUUGCCAACACUGUACUGUGUGUUAGAUGUAUGUCCGUCUGCUUCAGAUUUCCACUACAACUUUUGGCUUUCCUUUCAAGAGGGGAGCAAGGAAUCAUGGUACUUUCCUAGCAACUGCCAAAGAUACGUAAACUUUUCACUGGAGCAGCAGCUGGAACUCUGAGCCCCUUUCCAGCCCUCCCCUCCACCUAUACACAGAACUGGCUUUCCCAUGUUACAUGUAUGCUCAUACAUGCACAUAUUCUGCCGGUGAACAUUUACUGUACAAAAUUAGAACAGGUUCAACAGAAGAGAGUGAGUAGGUCCCUACCCUACGUUACUAAGCUCCUGGGAAGUGGGAAAAAUGGGCUAGAGAAAAUUCUACUAGAAGAUGGAAAUUAAGUCAAUUUUUUGUUAACUUGCAUUACUGCUGAGUUGUGCCAUACAAGAACAUGCUUUUUGUGUGAAGUCUGUUGUAAAGGUGAGCUCCUGUAAUGGGAGAAAUAGGACAUCUGCUUUUGAAUUUCAGGGAGAUGUAGGAGAUCAAUACUAAUGCAUUUUACAUGGUUGAGGCUGAGUCAUUUCAAAGCAUGUGCAAAAAUGGUAUUCUGGGAAAUAAAAUAUAAAAAGUGUGGAUGUGUACAAAUGUUAAUGAGAGCUGAGACUAGGAUUUGAAGAUCUACAUUUUGGCUGUGAUGCCUUUUAGUGCACACGGAUCUUAAAAAUGUCCUGAGUGGUAUUGAAGUGAUGCACUUGAUAAAGCAGUGUUAGAUCUGGUUUAAAACACCAGAAGCAUAUGAACAUUUCCCAGCAAUAGUGCUCAAAAGUGGUUCCCAUGGUAUUUUUCAAACUUCCCAACUUGAAGUUUAGCAGGACAGGUUUCAACCCAAAUGAUUAUUUGUGCGUGUGUGUAAAAACCAGGGAAGUCCCAAGAGAUUAGUGUGCAUCAGUGCUUCUGGAGUCGGUAAACUGUCAAACAGUUCAACAUUUCCCCACUUUAUCUUUUGUCAUGACAAUAACUUUUAGCCUGCUACAACAUGUGCAUUCCAAGCCUUCUGCAGUACCAGGAGGAAAAAAAAAGUGUUUCUUAUGACCAGUGAGUGCAAAUGAACUUCUCUGUUUCAAUUGUGAGAUACCAGUGUCAAUCCCUGGCACAUGUCUGCUAAAGGUGAAGCUUCAGGAAUGUGAAAAAACAUGCAGCUAAUUCUUCCAUUCACAGAUUGGAUUAAUACUCAUUUGCAGAUAAAACUAUAGGAAGAGAAAGUAAUUGUGACAAUUCUGCAGCAUUAAGCGUAUUUUAGGAACACAGGAAUCUGCGUAUAUCUGGAUCUGGCAUCUCCACAAGCUGAUUGUUUAGUUCUGAUACUCUUUCUGUCAUGUUCAAAGGCAGAAAUGUCCCUUGUUCAUCUCACUUUGUGUCACUUCUCUCUGACCAAGGUGAGAUGACCAGAGUAUUCCUGUUGUCCCAUCAGCCCAAAGUGUCAUUGAUGUCCCUUAGCACUGGCAUGCAGCAGAUAUGAGCAUCAUGCCUGUUCUAGGAUAUUUUCCCUGUUAUUAGAACUUACCUUCUAAUCAUGGCAGGCUUUGCCAAUAGAGUUAUACAAAGAUGGCAUCUACAUUAUGUGUAAGCCUGGGGAGCCACACUGGACUGCUGCUGAAGCUCAGCGAAGUGGGAGUUUUAAGCAAGUAGAACCAUUUCAGAAAUAAUUUGGAAACAGGUGCUACUCAACUGCAGCAGGAGACUGAUCUGCUGUUUUAUGCACAAUAUAAUGUUAUUGCUGUGAAUAAUCUAAUAAAAAUGUACCUUCUGCAGCCUUUCCCUGAAAGUAGACAGGUGUAAGAGUGGAUAGCUUGUAGGCUUUGUGUAACUUGAAGAAUGUAUAUGCCAAGAAUGCUUGUAGUUUGGAUUUUCCACUUGAAUUUAGAUGUCAGUAAUCAAUAGUUUAAAGAUGUUACGAAUGUGAAAAUACAAAAGAUUGUAUACAUAAUGUAAGAGUGAGCUGGAGUGCUUGCCCGCACUGUGAGCCACUUAAGAUGUUGUUGAAAAGGAAAAUAAUACAUAUAAGUUGAAAGCAACUAGUUGCAUGCUGGUUUGCACUUCUUGUCUGAUAAUCAUGUCUAUCUGUCAUGUCAUUGUGUAUAAAUUAUAAAAUCCUGUGAAAAGGGGUCAUGUGUUAUAUCUGUAAAUGACCAAUGCACAGCUGUGGCAAUGUAUAGCUAAUAAUAUGUCCCAGGCUUUUUAAAAUACUGAAUUGAGUAGUUAAGAGUGAAUACAAGACCUUAUUUUCAGGACAACGUACAGUGUCUGAAUAGCCUAAGUCUCUUUGAGCCUUUAAGCAACAAAAUAAAAGGUAGCAGAAUCUCUCAUUAAUUUUAUUACCUCUAUAUUUUCUACUAAAUAGACCCAAAGAAAGGCAGUUGAGACAAUUUGGAGAUUAAACCCUAUCAAAACUGGCCUGAAAACUGGAGUAAAUAUGUUGCUCUGUACUAUGUUGAUAGCCCUAGAUUAUAAAAUAUGUGUAUCUCUUAAAAUGGUUUUGGCAUGAACUCUGACUAGUCAUUUAAAAUAAUACUAAAUAGUGUUGGAAUAGUUUAUAGUCCUGGAAGUCUUGUAACAUGUUUUUUUUUCUUUGAGACCCAGAUUUAAGAUCUCAGCCUUGCAAAGAACGAGCAUUAAACAGAGUCCUGUAGUUUCA